AUGAGCAGUGACAGUGAAAUGGAAGUGUACGGCAUAGCUGCUCCCUUCCUCCGGAAAUCAGAAAAGGAAAGGAUCGAGGCUCAGAAUCAGCCUUUUGAUGCCAAAACCUACUGCUUUGUGGUUGAUGCAAAGGAAGAAUAUGUCAAGGGGAAAAUUAAGAAUACCCAGGAUGGAAAGGUGACGGUGGAAACGGAAGACAAUCGGACCCUGGUGGUCAAACCAGAAGAUGUUUAUGCAAUGAACCCACCCAAGUUUGACCGUAUCGAGGACAUGGCCAUGCUGACACACCUGAAUGAGCCAGCUGUUCUGUACAACCUCAAGGAGCGCUAUACCUCCUGGAUGAUCUAUACCUACUCUGGACUCUUCUGUGUCACCGUCAACCCCUACAAGUGGCUGCCGGUGUAUAACCCUGAGGUGGUAGAUGGCUACAGAGGCAAAAAGCGGCAGGAGGCCCCGCCCCACAUCUUCUCCAUCUCGGACAACGCCUAUCAGUUCAUGCUGACUGAUCGAGAAAACCAAUCAAUUCUGAUCACUGGAGAAUCUGGGGCAGGGAAAACUGUGAAUACCAAAAGGGUUAUUCAGUAUUUUGCAACAAUUGCAGCUACUGGAGACCUCGCCAAGAAAAAGGACUCCAAAAUGAAGAACAAGGGGACUCUGGAAGAUCAAAUUAUCAGUGCCAACCCAUUGCUGGAGGCCUUUGGGAAUGCCAAGACUGUGAGGAAUGACAACUCUUCACGCUUUGGAAAGUUUAUCCGAAUCCAUUUUGGCACCACUGGGAAGCUGGCCUCAGCAGAUAUUGAAACCUAUCUGCUGGAAAAAUCAAGGGUGACUUUCCAGUUGAAAGCUGAGAGAAGCUACCACAUCUUCUAUCAAAUCCUUUCCAACAAGAAGCCUGAGCUUAUAGAGCUGCUGCUUAUUACAACUAACCCUUAUGACUACCCAUUCAUUAGCCAGGGGGAAAUCCUGGUGGCCAGCAUCGAUGAUGCUGAGGAGCUAUUGGCUACAGAUAGUGCCAUUGACAUUCUGGGCUUCACCCCAGAAGAGAAAUCUGGACUCUACAAACUGACCGGGGCUGUGAUGCACUAUGGGAACAUGAAGUUCAAGCAGAAGCAGCGGGAAGAGCAGGCAGAGCCAGAUGGCACUGAAGUGGCUGACAAGACAGCCUACCUGAUGGGUCUGAACUCUUCAGACCUUUUGAAAGCUUUGUGCUUCCCGAGAGUGAAAGUUGGGAAUGAGUAUGUGACCAAAGGUCAAACUGUGGACCAGGUUCAUCAUGCCGUCAAUGCACUUUCCAAGUCUGUGUAUGAAAAAUUGUUCUUGUGGAUGGUCACUCGCAUCAACCAGCAACUGGACACAAAGCUGCCAAGACAGCACUUCAUUGGUGUUUUGGACAUUGCAGGCUUUGAGAUAUUUGAGUAUAACAGCCUGGAGCAGCUGUGCAUCAACUUCACCAACGAGAAACUGCAACAGUUUUUCAACCAUCACAUGUUCGUGCUGGAGCAGGAGGAGUACAAGAAGGAAGGCAUCGAGUGGACAUUCAUUGACUUUGGCAUGGACCUGGCUGCCUGCAUCGAGCUCAUCGAGAAGCCUAUGGGCAUCUUCUCCAUCCUGGAAGAGGAGUGCAUGUUCCCCAAGGCCUCAGACACCUCCUUCAAGAACAAGCUGUAUGACCAGCACCUGGGAAAGUCCAACAACUUCCAGAAGCCCAAAGUGGUUAAGGGGAAAGCCGAGGCCCACUUCUCACUGGUGCACUACGCUGGCACUGUGGACUACAGUGUCUCAGGUUGGCUGGAGAAGAACAAAGAUCCUCUGAAUGAGACUGUCGUCGGGCUGUACCAGAAGUCCUCCAACAGGCUCCUGGCACAUCUCUAUGCCACUUUCGCAACAACAGAUGCAGACAGUGGAAAGAAGAAAGUUGCCAAGAAAAAGGGUUCUUCUUUCCAAACUGUCUCUGCCCUUUUCAGGGAAAACCUGAAUAAAUUGAUGUCAAAUUUAAGAACCACCCAUCCCCACUUUGUGCGUUGUAUAAUUCCCAAUGAAAGCAAAACUCCAGGGGCUAUGGAACAUAGCCUUGUUCUCCAUCAGCUGCGGUGCAAUGGUGUCCUGGAGGGCAUUCGCAUUUGUAGGAAGGGAUUCCCAAAUCGGAUUCUGUAUGGGGAUUUUAAACAAAGAUACCGCGUGCUGAAUGCCAGUGCCAUCCCCGAAGGGCAGUUCAUCGACAGUAAAAAAGCCUGCGAAAAGCUACUGGCAUCCAUUGACAUCGACCACACUCAGUACAAAUUUGGGCAUACAAAGGUAUUUUUUAAGGCUGGAUUGCUAGGAGUCUUGGAAGAAAUGCGAGAUGAUCGACUGGCCAAACUGAUUACUCGGACACAAGCUGUGUGCAGAGGGUUUCUCAUGCGUGUGGAAUUCCAAAAGAUGGUGCAGAGAAGGGAGUCCAUCUUCUGCAUCCAGUACAAUAUUCGAUCAUUCAUGAAUGUCAAGCAUUGGCCCUGGAUGAAGCUGUAUUUCAAAAUAAAGCCUCUUCUCAAGAGCGCAGAAACUGAGAAGGAGAUGGCCACCAUGAAGGAAGAGUUCCAGAAAACCAGAGAUGAACUUGCCAAGUCAGAGGCAAAAAGGAAAGAGCUGGAGGAAAAGCUGGUCACUCUAGUACAAGAGAAGAAUGACCUGCAACUCCAAGUACAAGCUGAAAGUGAAAACUUGUUGGAUGCAGAGGAAAGAUGUGAUCAGCUGAUUAAAGCCAAAUUCCAACUAGAGGCCAAAAUCAAAGAGCUAACUGAGCGAGCUGAGGAUGAGGAAGAGAUCAACGCUGAGCUGACGGCCAAGAAGAGGAAGCUGGAGGAUGAAUGUUCAGAACUGAAGAAAGACAUAGAUGACCUUGAGCUGACACUGGCCAAGGUGGAGAAGGAGAAGCAUGCCACAGAGAACAAGGUUAAAAAUCUUAGUGAAGAACUUGCUGGGUUGGAUGAAACCAUUGAAAAGUUGACCAGGGAGAAGAAGGCCCUUCAGGAGGCUCACCAGCAGACCCUGGAUGACCUCCAAGCAGAAGAAGACAAAGUCAAUUCUUUGAGCAAAAUCAAGAGCAAGCUGGAACAGCAAGUUGAUGAUCUGGAAAGCUCCCUAGAACAAGAGAAGAAGCUUCGUGUAGACCUGGAAAGGAACAAGAGGAAACUUGAAGGAGAUUUGAAGCUUGCUCAAGAAUCCAUUUUAGAUCUUGAGAAUGAUAAGCAACAACUGGAUGAAAGACUUAAGAAGAAGGACUUUGAAUAUAGUCAACUGCAGAGCAAAAUGGAAGAUGAACAAACCUUGGGCCUCCAGUUUCAGAAGAAAAUCAAGGAGCUUCAGGCUCGAAUAGAGGAACUGGAAGAAGAGAUUGAGGCGGAGAGGGCUACCCGAGCCAAGACCGAGAAACAGCGGAGCGACUAUGCCCGGGAGCUGGAGGAGCUGACUGAGAGACUGGAGGAGGCAGGAGGUGUCACCUCCACCCAGAUUGAACUCAACAAGAAGCGGGAGGCAGAGUUCCUCAAGCUGCGGAGGGACCUGGAGGAAGUCACCCUGCAGCAUGAAGCCACGGUGGCUGCCUUGCGGAAGAAGCACGCAGACAGCGUGGCCGAGCUCGGGGAACAGAUAGACAACCUGCAGAGGGUCAAGCAGAAGCUGGAGAAGGAGAAGAGCGAGUUCAAGCUCGAGAUUGACGACCUCGCCAGUAACGUGGAGAGCGUGUCCAAAUCCAAGGCAAAUUUGGAGAAAAUAUGCAGAACCCUUGAAGAUCAAUUAAGUGAGGCCAGGGGCAAGAACGAGGAAAUUCAGAGGAGCAUGAGUGAAUUGGCCACGCAGAAGUCUCGUCUUCAGACUGAGGCUGGUGAGCUGAGUCGUCAGCUAGAAGAAAGGGAAAGCAUAGUAUCCCAACUUUCCAGAAGCAAGCAGGCAUUUACUCAACAAAUAGAAGAACUCAAGAGACAGUUAGAGGAAGAGAGUAAGGCCAAGAAUGCCCUGGCCCAUGCUCUUCAGUCCUCCCGCCACGACUGCGACCUGCUGCGGGAACAGUACGAGGAGGAGCAGGAGGCCAAGGCUGAGCUGCAGAGGGCAAUGUCCAAGGCCAACAGUGAGGUCGCCCAGUGGAGGACCAAGUAUGAGACGGAUGCCAUCCAGCGCACAGAGGAGCUGGAGGAGGCCAAGAAAAAACUUGCUCAGCGCCUUCAGGACUCAGAGGAACAGGUUGAGGCAGUGAAUGCUAAGUGCGCUUCCUUGGAGAAAACCAAGCAGAGACUGCAGGGAGAGGUCGAGGAUCUCAUGGUUGAUGUGGAAAGAGCCAACUCCCUGGCUGCUGCUCUGGACAAGAAGCAGAGGAACUUUGACAAGGUGUUAGCUGAAUGGAAAACCAAGUGUGAGGAGAGCCAGGCAGAGCUAGAGGCAUCUCUGAAGGAAUCCCGCACCUUAAGCACUGAGCUCUUCAAACUGAAAAACGCCUAUGAAGAAGCCUUAGAUCAACUCGAAACUGUGAAGCGGGAAAACAAGAACUUAGAACAGGAAAUAGCAGAUCUAACAGAACAAAUUACCGAAAAUGGUAAAACCAUUCAUGAACUGGAGAAAUCUCGAAAGCAGAUGGAACUGGAAAAGGCUGAUGUACAGCUGGCUCUUGAGGAAGCAGAGGCAGCUCUUGAGCACGAGGAGGCCAAGAUCCUCCGGAUCCAGCUUGAACUGACACAAGUGAAAUCAGAAAUUGAUAGAAAGAUAGCUGAAAAAGAUGAAGAGAUUGAGCAGCUGAAGAGGAACUACCAGAGGAUGGUAGAAACAAUGCAGAGCACGCUGGAUGCUGAGGUGCGGAGCAGGAAUGAAGCCAUCAGAAUCAAGAAGAAAAUGGAGGGGGAUCUGAAUGAAAUUGAGAUCCAGUUGAGCCACGCCAACCGCCAGGCUGCAGAGACCCUCAAGCACCUCAGGAGUGUCCAGGGACAGCUGAAGGACACCCAGCUCCACCUGGAUGAUGCUCUCCGGGGCCAGGAGGACCUGAAGGAGCAGCUGGCCAUUGUGGAGCGCAGAGCCAACCUGCUGCAGGCAGAGGUGGAGGAGCUGCGGGCGUCUCUGGAGCAGACGGAGAGAGCCCGGAAGCUGGCGGAACAGGAGCUUCUAGAUUCUAAUGAAAGAGUACAACUGCUACAUGCCCAGAACACCAGCCUCAUACACACCAAGAAGAAGCUGGAGACAGACCUCACGCAGCUUCAGAAUGAGGUUGAGGAUGCCAGCAGGGAUGCAAGGAAUGCCGAAGAGAAAGCUAAAAAGGCCAUCACAGAUGCGGCAAUGAUGGCUGAGGAGCUGAAGAAGGAGCAGGACACCAGCGCCCACCUGGAGCGGAUGAAGAAGAACAUGGAGCAGACAGUGAAGGACCUGCAGCACCGUCUGGAUGAGGCUGAGCAGCUGGCCCUGAAGGGCGGGAAGAAGCAGAUCCAGAAACUGGAGAUGCGGAUCCGAGAGCUGGAGUUUGAGCUUGAGGGGGAGCAAAAGAAGAACACUGAGUCUGUUAAGGGCCUGAGGAAAUAUGAGCGGCGGAUCAAGGAGUUGACUUACCAGAGUGAAGAGGAUAGGAAGAAUAUGCUGAGAUUACAGGAUCUGGUGGAUAAACUUCAAGUGAAAGUCAAGUCCUAUAAAAGGCAGGCUGAAGAGGCUGAUGAACAAGCCAAUGCUCAUCUCACGAAAUUCCGAAAAGCACAGCAUGAACUCGAAGAGGCUGAAGAACGUGCUGAUAUAGCAGAAUCUCAAGUCAAUAAACUUCGUGCUAAAACCCGAGACUUCACUUCCAGCAGGAUGGUGAUCCAUGAGAGUGAAGAAUGAGCAGUCCAUUUCUGGAACAGGACAGAAAAGAUACCAAGUGUAUUUUUUUCUUGGUUCCUGAUUAUUAUACCUAAUUUACACAGGAUUGCUGUUUAAAUGCAAUAAACUUUGCUUUAUUUUCAA